AUGGAUGGUGUCAGGCCAUCUCGGCCGGACAAGCCGUAUCAACGCACAUACAAGGCAUGCAUUCCUUGUCGGCAACGGAAGGCAAAAUGCGACCUAGGGACCGGUCCAGACGGUCUGCCGAUCGGCCCACCAUGUGCGCGCUGUCGCAGAGAACUAAGGGAAUGUGUUUUCCCCGAGAAACGGGCCUGGGAAAGAUCCCGCAAGCGAGGUGCGCUAAAAUUACAAUGCUUCGAGAUCGUCUGUCUAAAUGGUCAAGUUUUAGCGCGAUCACCUGAGAGCUAUGAGCCGGGUGUAUCACCUCGGCAUAUCAGGCUGUCAAUGGGGACUUCACCUGACGGCGCGGCUGUCGCACAAGGACAGAACCAGCAGCCGCAUCAUGCAGGCGAAAUAAGCCGCUCUGUACCCGAGCCCAAUUACCAGCAGCCCAACUUUCAGUCAUCAUGGCCAUAUCAACAGGAUCGACGGGGGUCUCAUCGGGACUCUUACGAUCAUUCGUCUGUAGGACCUCCACAAUCUGAUCAAUCUCCCUCUCAUGGGUCUGAAAACAAUACGCACCGCUCAGGCCCCACACUCGCGACUUCUAUGAUGCGCACUGUAGUUGCAAGUGGCAAUGAUGCACUCAAUAUUCUCUUCGAGGCAGCAACUGCCCAGGAAGGUAACCAUGCUGAUACUAGUUCUGAACCGAUACCAGGGCCUCCAUCGGCAGGCCCGAGUCCUUAUGAUCAGACACCCAGAAAUUACGAUGCCGCGUUUGAGCCGGUGGCACGGGUGAUACAUCCUGUACAGCUAUCCGCCGUGACUCAAGAUACUUUGAAUGUCUGGGAGGCUUGUCGGUUUGUGAAGAUGGGUUGGUUUACUGCCAGAGAGGCCGUCACUUUUAUUGAUCUAUUCUUUAAGAAUAUGUCCUGUUUAUCUCCAAUUCUGACAGAUUUCUAUGCCAACCACCGAUAUCAUUACUGGUUGAUUACUCGAGAACCAGUCCUGUGCUGCACCAUCCUCAUGAUCUCGUCUCGAUAUCACGUUCUUCCUGGAGCGGGAGGAGAAUCAAGAAAUUUCUUUAUCCACCAUCGACUCUGGCAACAUUGCCAGCAAUUAACGAUGAGACUGAUAUUUGGUCAAGAAAAAUCUACUAAAUCUAAAGUGCGGAGCCUUGGUACGGUGGAAGCACUUCUGUUAAUGUCAGAAUGGCAUCCUCGCUCCCUGCAUUUCCCGCCUGAGACGGAUGGAUGGGAUGAUGAUUUGAUCCCAACAGCCCCCAGCACGCAUGAAUAUGGUGAGUCCAGCUCCGCGCACGGCAAUCGCUGGGUGGACGAUAUGAUUGAGCCAGCACGCCGAUCUGACCAGAUGUCUUGGAUGCUGCUUGGGUGUGCACUCUCCCUUGCACACGAGCUUGGCAUCUUUGAGACAGAAGAAAGUAGCUCGCCAGUCGAAGAAACAGAAUGGAGAGAUCAAAUGUCACUUCGUUGGCAACGCGUCCAACGUUUGCUAUAUGUGUAUAUCAAUCAAUUAGCCUGGCGGAUCGGAUGCAUGUCACCAAUCCCCCAGUCAUUAAACCACGCUAUUCUUGGCGGACGAAAGCCACCAGGACUAAGCCAACCGGGUGGCACGUGGUUGACUUUCAUGGAUUCAUGGAUCGAGCUGACCAAGCUAGCCAAAUCUGUCACUGAUAUGUUCUUCCCUUCGCCUGCAUUUGCACGCCAGCAACUGCACAGCGGCCGAUAUGUUGGCCUUCUUGAACACUUCCGACCUCUACUCAACCAAUGGAAAGACAAGUAUCUACAGCCCCAGGUGCUGGAUCAAGCAUUUUACAACGAUCUCUUCAUCGAAUACAAUUUCGUCCGCGUUUACACCCAUUCGGUGGGAAUGCAAGCUGUAGUGGAGCGUGCCGUCGCAGAGAACGAUCCCAACAACUUUGACGGAGUGCGACCUAUGACCAUCGACCCGACAGACUACGAAUACAUUCAAGAGGUCAUCGAUGGAUGUAGCCAGAUCCUGCAGAAAGUAACCCAUCUAGCCGAAGCGGGGGCAUUGCGCUUCACGCCAGUUCGAAUUGUCCUUCGCAUCACCAGCGCCUCGAUCUUUUUGAUGAAAGCGUUGAGCCUGGGGACUCGGCAAGCAAAGCUCCAAGAAUCACUCGACGUACUCGAAAGGAGCAUCAAAGCACUCAAAUCAAAUGCUUUGGACGAUGUGCAUCUGAGUACUCGCUAUGCGACACUACUAGAAAUGCACGUUUCGCGCUUGCGCCAUAAUCUAAUAGCAUCCUCGAGGGCUGCGAAAAAUAGCCAAGUUGCUACACGAAGAUCAUCUAUGGGACCCCCUCCUUGGCCGGACGCUGGCGAUCGGUCAAAUCCCCCGAGCGCUCAGGCAUCGCAGGAUGUGACGCCAGACCUGGGAUUCAUUCCCUCCUUGAACGACAUUGGCGCAGAUGACUGGCUUUCCCUGCCGUUCGAUCCCUCAAUGGCACCAUUUGGCAUGACCCAUGGAUGUCAAUUUCCAAUGUAUGAGGGUGGAGCAUUGGAUUUUAUUUGGAAUCUGCCAUCGUGA